GCGAAAAUGCAACCUAACGGUAAAUGAAGAGGGCAGGAAAGGAACAAAAAGGACAAGAACCAGCAGCUUGAAGGACACAGAACAGCCGACCAGAGCUGCAGCUAUCAAGAGGAUAGUUUUGGAUCCUGGAGAAAAUGUAAGUUAAAUAUAUCUACACUCUGAUCCUGUCUCAAGAGACAUUUCACUCAUUUCCCGGUUCUGAAUUAUGGGUUCUUGGAAGCACGGUCUUUUUAGUGUGUCUCUUCUUACGGCCCUCAUUUUUGUAUUUGUUUGUAACAAUGAGCUGUGGGAGAAGAAGCGUCUUCUGAGAGCAGCUCUGUCCAAUGCUUCAAUAUUAGCAGAAACCUGUCACCAGAUUGUUCAGGGGAAGGUUUUCUACCCAACAGAAAAUGCGUUGAAAACUGCCCUUGGUGAAUCUACCUGUUAUGAGUACGUGGUUCAAAGUCACUAUGUGACGGAAACACUCUCUGAAGAAGAGGCUGGGUUCCCCUUGGCUUACAUAGUGACCAUCCACAAAGACUUUGUCACUUUUGAGAGACUCUUCAGGGCGAUUUAUAUGCCCCAAAAUGUGUACUGUGUGCAUCUGGAUCAGAAGGCAACAGAUGCAUUUAAAGAUGCAGUGAAACAAUUGCUGAGCUGCUUCCCAAAUGCUUUUCUGGCUUCCAAUAUGGAGCCAGUUGUCUAUGGUGGGAUUUCCAGGCUCCAGGCUGACCUAAACUGCCUGGAAGACCUUGUGGCCUCCGAGGUUCCCUGGAAGUACGCCAUCAACACCUGUGGACAAGACUUCCCCCUGAAAACCAACAAGGAAAUAGUUCAGUAUCUGAAAGGAUUUAAAGGGAAAAAUAUUACCCCAGGGGUGCUGCCUCCUGAUCAUGCUAUUGGACGGACUAAAUAUGUCCACCGAGAAUUAUUAGACAACCAAAAUUCCUAUGUGCUUAAAACAACAAAAUUAAAAACGCGUCCUCCUCACAACAUGACCAUUUACUUUGGCACGGCCUAUGUGGCUCUCACAAGGGAAUUUGCUAACUUUGUCCUCCAAGACCAGCUUGCACUUGACUUACUCUCCUGGUCCAAGGACACCUAUAGCCCUGAUGAACAUUUCUGGGUGACACUCAACAGAAUUCCUGGUAUGUAUGUCUCUAAACUCUUGACUACGAAUACACAUUGCAUGGUCAAUGCUGAAUAA